UGGUUGCACAUGUGGUGGCAUCAGGUGCGGGUUUUGUGGAGGAUCUGGAUGAGUCGUUUAAAGAGAACCGCAAAGAUGAUAUUUGGCUCGUAGAUUUUUACGCACCUUGGUGUGGCCACUGCAAGAAACUGGAGCCUGUGUGGAAUGAAGUGGGUAUGGAAAUGAAGAACAUGGGCUCUCCAGUAAAAGUUGGGAAGAUGGAUGCAACUUCUUUUUCUAGUAUUGCAUCUGAAUUUGGGGUGCGAGGCUAUCCAACAAUUAAGCUCUUAAAAGGUGACCUGGCAUACAACUAUAGAGGUCCUAGAACCAAAGAUGACAUCAUUGAAUUUGCUAACAGAGUGGCAGGACCUCUCAUCAGGCCACUUCCUAGCCAGCACAUGUUCGAGCAUGUGCAGAAGAGACAUCGUGUACUUUUUGUGUAUGUUGGUGGUGAAUCCCCUUUAAAGGAAAAAUACAUUGAAGUUGCUUCAGAACUAAUAGUUUAUACGUACUUUUUUUCUGCCUCAGAAGAUGUGCUGCCUGAGUAUGUGACAUUGCCUGAAUUGCCUGCUGUUGUGGUCUUCAAAGAUGGAACUUACUUUGUUUAUGAUGAGUAUGAAGAUGGUGAUUUAUCAUCCUGGAUAAACAGAGAAAGGUUUCAAGGUUAUCUUAAUGUAGAUGGCUUUACUCUGUAUGAACUUGGAGACACAGGAAAACUUGUGGCUAUUGCAGUCAUUGAUGAUAAAAACUCUUCAGUGGAACACACCAGACUAAAAACUAUUAUCCAGGAAGUUGCUAGAGAUUAUCGGGAUCACUUCCACAGGGAUUUCCAGUUUGGCCAUAUGGAUGGAAACGAUUACAUUAAUAGUUUACUAAUGGAUGACCUGACAAUCCCCACUAUUGUUGUACUGAACACCUCCAACCAGCAGUACUUUCUGCCAGACAGGCACAUCGAGAGCACAGAAGACAUGGUUCAGUUCAUUAACAACAUCUUGGAUGGUACAGCUGAAGCACAGGGUGGUGAUGGAAUUCUGCAGCGGAUCAAGAGAAUCAUCUAUGAUGCCAAGUCUACUGUAAUGUCUGUGUUCAAGAGCUCCCCCCUCCUGGGCUGCUUCCUGUUCGGGCUGCCCCUGGGGGUGAUCAGCAUCAUGUGCUAUGGGAUCUGCACGGCCGAGGCGGGGGCCGAGGAGCAGGAGGCAGCCAGGAAGGAGAGCGGGGAGCGGGAGCUGACCGACGAGGGCAGCGAGGAGGAGCACGAGGAGGGAAGGAAUGGGAAGUACUCAGAACUUUCAGAUGGAGAGCUUCCACAGAAAGACAUCGUGGAGAAGAAGAAAGACUGA